AUGACGGCCGAGAGCGGGCCGCCCCCGCCGCCGCCGCAGCCCGAGACGCUGGCGUCGGUGAAGGAGGAGCGCGGGGAGCCGGCGGCGGGGGUCCCCGGCGAGGCGGCGGGCCGCGGCGCGGGCGGGCGGCGGCGCAAGCGGCCCCUGCAGCGCGGGAAGCCGCCCUACAGCUACAUCGCGCUCAUCGCCAUGGCCAUAGCGCACGCGCCCGAGCGCCGCCUGACGCUGGGCGGCAUCUACAAGUUCAUCACCGAGCGCUUCCCCUUCUACCGCGACAACCCCAAGAAGUGGCAGAACAGCAUCCGCCACAACCUCACGCUCAACGACUGCUUCCUCAAGAUCCCGCGCGAGGCCGGCCGCCCGGGCAAGGGCAACUACUGGGCGCUGGACCCCAACGCCGAGGACAUGUUCGAGAGCGGCAGCUUCCUGCGCCGCCGCAAGCGCUUCAAGCGCUCCGACCUGUCCACCUACCCGGCCUACAUGCACGACGCGGCCGCCGCCGCCGCCGCCGCCGCCGCCGCCGCGGCCGCCGCGGCCAUCUUCCCGGGCGCCGUGCCCGCCGCGCGCCCGCCCUACCCGGGCGCCGUCUACGCGGGCUACGCGCCGCCGCCGCCGCCGCCCGUCUACUACCCGGCCGCGUCGCCGGGCCCGUGCCGCGUCUUCGGCCUGGUGGCGCCCGAGCGCCCGCUCAGCCCCGAACUCGGCCCCGCGCCGUCGGGGCCCGCGGGCUCGUGCGCCUUCGCCCCCGCGGGCGCCGCGGCGGGGGGCGCGGGCACCGGCUACCCGGCGGCGGCCGGCUGCGCGGGGGCGCGCCCCGCCAACCCCGCGGCCUACGCGGCCGCCUACGCGGGCCCCGACGGCGCGUACCCGCAGGGCGCGGGCGGCGGCGCCCUCUUCGCGGGUCGGCUGGCCGCGGGGCCCGCCUCGCCCCCCGCCGGGAGCGGCGGCGGCGGCGGCGCGGGCGGCGCGGGCGGCGGCGCCGGCCUGGUGGAGACCGCGGCGGAUUUCUACGGGCGCGCGUCGCCCGGCCACUUCGGCGCGCCGCUGGGGCCCUGCUACAACCCCGGCGCGCAGCUGGCGGCGGGCGGCGGCGGCGCCUACCACGCUCGCCACGCGGCCGCCUAUGCGGGCGCGGUGGAUCGGUUCGUGCCCGCCAUGUGA